AUGCAACGCGUUUCUGCUCUACUCCCGGCCUGGGACCGCAAUCGAACGAGCAACGGCACCACCAUCAGCCAUACCCGCAAGGCGAGUGUCGACAAGGUCCGCGGCUGGGCCGACAAGAUCCCCUCUGUCAAUCGCCUCAGCACCUCGUCCCGACACGGCAAAGAAGCAUUCUGGCCCGCCACCCUCGACAAGGAAUGCGAAAAGGCUGCCCGCAUAUUGAAGUCAUUCUGCAGCGAUGGUUUCUCAAUACCCGACGAGCGACCGGGAAGCCCGAUAACCACCUCGAGCAACCAUUCGUCGAAUAAGAUCCUGAAGAAGAUACCGCCGAGGAUAAUACAAAAUGCAGUUGGUCUGGCAGUCUUCACCUCGAUGCGGUCCGGCCUGUGGACCUCGGGAUCCGGAGGGAGCGGCAUCUUGAUUGCGCGCAAGACUGAUGGAACUUGGUCUCCGCCGUCCGGCCUGAUGCUGCAGACGGCCAGUCUAGGUUUCAUCAUCGGCGUCGACGUCUAUGACUGUGUUCUUGUCAUCAACAACUUCGCCGUCCUCGAAACAUUCGCGAGGACCAAGGUAACGCUUGGCACCGAUGUCAGUAUGACGGGUGGUCCUCUGGUAUCUCUUGGAUUACUCGAAAACGAUGUCACAUGGGCGGACCUGAGUGACACGGCCAUCGCCUACGUCAAAGCGAAGGGGCAGUUCUCAGAGGUCAAGUUGGAUGGGACAGUGCUCAACGAGCGAGCCGACGAGAACGAGAGAUUCUAUGGAAUGAAGUUAAAUGUCGCCAAAAUUCUGGCUGGUGAUAUAAAUCAGAGCAUGCCGCAGACGAGACUUCUGGCCGAAGUACUCAAGGCUGCCGAAGGGAGGGUCGACUAUGAUAUGGCCCUGGUGGACUCACUUUCGUCCCAACCUGCACCAGGAGACGCGAUGAUAGAAUCACCGCAAUCGGCCGCUUCGUCGCACUCUUUUGGUUUACCCGACACAGCCGACCCCGAUCCCUUUGGUGUUCUAGCCCUUGAGAUGGCGGGAGUUGGCAUCCGGGAAGCCGGCUCACAACUUAGACCUGGAAGCAGUCAGUUUGAGUAUCAUCCAAGUCCGACGAGCCCGCUCUUCCCCAAGGUUGGACGUCAAAGUAUCGAUACUUUCAUGUCGCGGAGCAACAGGGGCAGCUACACGUCGAACAAAACAGCGGCAACGGAACGGAGCCAGAUCACCAACACUGGCACUCAAACCUACUCUGCGACGACCCCAGAGACUACGCCUACACACAGUCUAAGCCAAAGUGAGGAUGGCAACCAACGCCAUUCUUCUGAUGAGAUUCUGGAGGUCAAGGAGCCGGAGGAGGUCGACUACACGCAAAUUGACAUCAGCGCACUGAGGAGUCUAUCGAACUUCCCGGAUCUAGAUGACGAACCAACCGUGACGGAUGCGACCUGGGAGGCGCCGCUAUACCAAAGUGAAAACAAGCAGGAGGAACAUAUUGAUGAGUCUGAGCACGAGGAUGAUGCGGACGAUGAAGAAGAGGAUGGUGGUAGCCUACACGCCUCGGAAGACGAAUACGACGACAACGACGAAGCAUUCGAUGAAGUUGAAGAGGCAGUCGUAUUCGAAGUUGCCACAGCUCAGACACCGGCUCGGAUGGUUGCCUCCCAAGUUGUGCAAGCAAAAGGAGCUGUCGUUAGUAUUCCGCGGAGAGUACCUCCACCACUACCGCUUCGGAGUCCUGCCCGUACAUCGCGCAGGAGGAGUCAAAUGCCAGAUGUUUCCAGUAUGAUCAGCAGCCCACUCAGGCAGCAGUUUGAGCUUACCCAGGGACUUGCGACACCGAAGGCUGAGAGUAGUCCGGUCAUUUCCAUAGAACAUAUCGAUGGUGCAGCUGAGAAGAAGCAAGAGGACGGAGAGCCUCACCACGAAGCGAGCGAGGCUAUACCAGCAGAGAGCGUUGCAGGUCCGGCUCAGGAGUCUCAAGGCUUCGACGGCUACUUCCCCAAAGUUGAGGAACAACUACCUCAACAGGACAGCGCUGUGACGCAAAGCCGAAUGAGCACGGGGCAGCAGGUCGGGUUGCCGAGCCAAGGAGUCCCAGUCUCGGUGGCUUAA